UCAAGAAGCAGCCAUGGAUUUCUGCGUAAGAAUGGCAUCACAAGUGAUGCUUAACGAGAUAACUAGCAACAAAGACGGUUCUAAUUCAAAGAAUGUUGUGUUGUCUCCUUUAUCAAUCAAUAUGGUCCUUAACAUGCUCGCUUCUGGCUCUUCAGGCAAAACUUCGGAGCAAUUCUUGGACAUUCUUGGCUCCAGAGACCUCAAUGAUCUCAACUCUAAUUCUUCAACCAUCAUGUCCCUUCUCGUGGAUACGACCCAAAAUGAUACUGUGGAGCCUCCAAUGGCCGAGCCUGUUCAUAUAAUAGUAAGACACAGAAAGGGACUUCUUUCAGUUCCCAACAAACGACAAGGAAAAGCGCCAGUCUUUAAUUUGGUCAACGCCCUUUGGGUUGAUCAUCGUUACCCUUUGAUUCACUCUUAUAAAGAGAUUACUAAUACCAUCUACAAAGCACAAGUCAAGAAUGUUGAUUUGGUUCAUGAGGCUGAACAAGUUAAGAAGGAGGUGAACUCAUGGGCUGCAAAGGAGACAAAAGGGCUCAUCAAAGAGAUCGUGCCGCAGCAAUCAAAACUCUCACCGCCACUGUGUCUCGCAAACGCGUUGUAUUUUAAAGGAGAUUGGGUAAGUCCAUUUGAUACUAAAGUCACUCGUGAUGAAGAUUUUCACCUUCUCAAUGGAAAAACUACCAAAGUUCCUUUCAUGUCUGAGUAUUACAAAUACCGCCAAUAUGGAUCAUUUAAGGAUUUCAAGCUUCUGAAACUCUCAUAUGAGACUGGCCAGUGCAAAAGUAAGCAGUUCUCGAUGUACAUCUUUCUCCCUCAUGCAAAUGAUGGACUAAAAGAUCUCAUUGAAAAAUUCAAUUCCGAUCCAACAUUAUUUCUGCAACCUACACAGUUUAGUCUCCGAGAACAGGAACUUUCCAUGCUAAAGAUACCGAAGAUGAAAUUCACGUAUGAUUUCGAUGUGCAAGAGCACAUGAAAGUAAAAGGAUUAACAUUGCCUUUUGAUCCACUGCAUGCUGAUUUCACAAACAUGGUUGAUCCUCGAGGGGUUUUUGUGGAUUCCAUUCUUCACAAGGCUUGCAUUGAAGUUAAUGAAGAAGGCACAGAGGCUGCCGCAGUCACCGGUGCCAGGAUGAUGACAAUGUCACUAAAACCGAGUUUUGUGGCUGACCAUCCCUUCAUGUUCAUGAUCGUCGAAGACUUUUCUAAGCUUGUUGUGUUCACUGGAGCAGUGGUUAAUCCCCUCUUGGAUUGAUCAUUGAACAGUAGAGUUAAAUCCUUGAGUAAUUUGAGUAAUAAAAUUCCCGUAAAUUUGGCUUUGAAGAUCACUUUCAUGCCAAAGUUAGUUUGUUAAUCAGAACUUGCAAUAGAAGUAUAUGCUUUAUGUUUGUUUUUUGUUA